UGUCUCACGUUUACCGGUUUCAAAGAAAAAGCGCGUGCGAGAGUUCCACACCUUUAUAUAUGAUGUUACCCCCAAUUCUUCUUUAUCCAUUUUCAAAAUCUCUUCUUUCAUUCAGAUACUUCAUUUCCUGUGUUAAUUAUCUCGGAAAUUUCGAGUGGGUUUUUCUGAUUCAUUUUUAUUACGGUAUAUUUCGUUCGGUGUGAUUAUUACUAGGGUUUUUUGCUGUUGAUCAUGGAGAUUUCGGUGUUUGGGAGCUCCCAAGAUAAAUUGGGAAUGCCCGAAUUGGGAAAUAGGGAGCUGGGUUUUAUUAAUUUGAAGGAUGGUUUUAGGGUUUCGAAUGAUAGGGUUUGUUUCGGGAAAAAUAUUAGGUGGAAGAAAGCUGGGAUUAGAUUCACUCUGAGAGCUCUUCAGUCUGAACCUAUUCAAGCGGAGAAGCAUUCUGGUGCUGGUAGAAGAUCCAAAUCGUAGAGCUAUCCCUUGCCCAAUUGGGUUACCCGGAUUGGCGAGUCUCAACCCAAUAUUUACUUCAAGGAUCGGUCAGGACAGCAUUACAAAGAGUGCCUGUCGCUGGCAGUUGAUGGGAAGACUCCAAUUCAAGUGUAUCAGAGUUUCUGCGAGAGCUUCAAGUCUUCGUUCUCUCCCUUCAUGGGCUCUACAAUUACUGGCAUAUCGAUGGGUUUAGGACCAGAUGGCGAGCUACGUUAUCCAUCUCACCAUCAUCUCUCAAGUGUUAUGACCAAAACAUGCUUAGCGUUCUCAAGCAGCAUGCUGAAGCAUCUGGAAAUCCUCUAUGGGGGCAACUUCUUUUACGAGGACAAGCCCUAAUCCUUGGAAUUCGUACUUGGAAUGAGCAUGCUUAGCGUUCUCUUCCCCUCUUUUACGAGGGCAAACCCUAAUCCUUCUUCAGCGACUUUUUCUUCCCUUUAAACCUAACACCGAUUUGUUUAUGCCUUCACUUGAUGGUUUCCUCUUCUCAUCGCUUCUUCAGGUAUUUUUUACAUGAGUGAGAAACAGGAAGCAAAGCAUCGGGAUCAUUCUAUCUUUUGGUUGUUGCUUGCGUGGUUACUUUUUAUUAUUUUUUUAAUAUCUCUUGCUUUGGGUUGUGGGUGUCCAUGGAAUUCGCGUUGGUGGUCCCGCCCUGUACCUGAAUUCGUGUUGAGUUCUAAGUUUGUUGAUCUUUCUUUGGGUUCCUUUGAUUGCGAAUCCACUUGAUUUAAAAACUCCGAAAUUUUUUUGAUUGUUGUUUAUCUUGGAAGAUUUAUUAUACAGAGGUGCUCCCCAUUGAAAACUAUUGUUAGUAUCUUUGAUAGAAAUCUAGGAAUCGCUGGUUAAAUUAUUUGGUGUGGUUUAUUUGGUUUGGGGUUUGUGCUGUGAUAAUUAGGAAUUGGUAACUGAUUAAUGUUGGUGCAUCUGUUUUUUUGGAUUUCCUGAAAAUGUAUGAUAAAAUCAUUGUCCACUAUUUAUCAUUUAUUCUGAAUUCAUCGUGCUUGAUUUGUGAUAUGUAAUUUAGAAUUUUCCUUGCAUUUUGCUUGGUUUCACAGAUGCUGUGAAACAAUUAGCUGCUGUUAUUUGUUGGCUGUUAUUUUGGUGCUAUGAAUUUUCUAUUUUAUCCUGAGAUUAUGUUUAGGUGAUGAACUUAAUUCCAGGGAGAGGUGAGAAAGUAUUUAAAAAAUUGGAAUAGUUUCUCUAGUUAAAAUUUAGGUGUUUGCUACUCUGUUGAUUGAAUCAGAUGACUUAUUGUUCUUUCUUGUAAUUGAACUAAUCUGUCAUGUCAGAGUUGUUUGCAUCAGUUGACCUGUUCUGUUAGUUACAGAUUAGAAUGGAACCAAAUAAAAAUGGCACAUUAUAAAGGUUUAGGUGGAAGGUUCAAAUCAGUGGUGUGUUGCAACAUGGGUUAAAGAAAUUGUUGAUUUUUCCUCACGAAUUUAAGUAUUAGUAUAUAAGCUGAUUUUGAUUUUCAACUUAAAAAAUAUUAUGCUAUUCAUUUACUGUUAUCCAUGGACCACGGUAACAGAUAAACGAGGGAAAAAUUGACAGAAAGCUAGAAUUGAAUUUUACUAACGGUGAGAUUUAGAUUUACAUUAGAAAUACACACUAUGUAAAGGAUACUAACUAUCAAGAAACUAACACAUUGUGGUAACUAAUGACAGAAAUUACUCACAUCUAUCUCCAAUUAAGUAAAUAAUAUCUCUAAAAUUUAAUCUGUUUGGUUGGUAAUUAAAUGAUCGGACUAAUAUUUUAAUUUACAGCAGGGUCAGGAUGCUCACAACACUGGGAUUCUUGUUGGCACCUUGAAAUGAGAGCAGGGAGUGGAUGAAGAAAACUGUCUCAGCAUCAAUGGCAAUGAAACUAAUGCUACGGUUUCUAGAGCUAUGCAUAAGCUUAAGUCUUUCUACUUUUGACAACUUUCACCCACUACAAAUUUAGCAUAUUAAAUUGACUGUGUUUAGCGUGUAAUUAUGAGCAUUUCACAUGCUGCUGAUUCUAUUGGUUUGAAAGAGAUACCAAGAUAUGAAGUUAAAAUUAUUGAGGAGGAUGACUGGAUGAAAGGAGCUCAGGAAUCAUUUCAUCCAGUUGAAGUUACUGAAGGCCUAUGGGUGGUGCCCAAGUGGAUUACUCCACCUGAUAUUCAAGCAAUGAAUAUAAUUCUUAAUCCUGGACUAGCCUUUGGAAUUGGAGACCAUCCGACUACCAAAUUAUGUCUAUUACUCCUACAUGACCGUAUAAAAGGAGGAGAAUACAUCUUGGACUAUGGCACUGGCACUGGAAUUCUAGCAAUUGCAGCUCUAAAGUUUGGUGCUGCCUUUGCCGUUGGAGUCCAUAUAGAUUCACAAGCAAUUGCAUCAGCAUCUGAAAAUGCUACUCUGAAUAACAUCAGACCAGACAAGCUACAACUGCACUUGAUUGCAAGCCAAACUUCUUCAUCCUGCAGGGAUGAUUGGCCAUCUAGAGUUGUCGAGGGAGAAAAUGCUUUCGAGAUAGACAGAGUCACUCACAAGGAUAAAUAUGAUGUGGUCAUCGCAAACAUACUUUUAAAUCCUCUGUUAAAUCUUGCUGAUCAAAUUAUCUUUUCUGCAAAGCCUGGAGCAAUUAUUGGUCUCUUUGGAAUCUUAAGUGAACAGGUCCAGAACUUUUACAAAAAUAUUCACUAUUCUUAGAAGGCAUAGAAGUGUCGAAAAUGGAUGACUGGGUCUGUGUGAGUGGCAGAAAAAGAAAGAAUAUAGAGUUGAUGAUAUACUAGGAAUUAUAGUUGAUGAUCAAUACAUUUUGUUUAUGUUUUGAAUUAUAUUGAGUUGUUUGUUUAUAGUACU